AUGGCACCAAAAGGCGGUUACAGGAGAAUUUCUGGUGAUGACGACAAUAAAGUCAGUUUUGCAUCUUCUCUUAUCUUCCGUUGGAUGAACGGAGUCUUUAAGAAGGGAAGCCAAAAACCUUUGGAUCAAAAUGACUUUUUACCCUUGUCAGAGGAGAACUCUGGCCGUUUUGUCACCGACAGGCUUCGAAAAAGCUGGGAAAGCGAGAAACGUCAUUGCAAGACAAAUGGGAAAAGGCCCAAACUUUGGAAAUGCGUGUUUGAUAUGCUUUCUGCCAAAGAUGUUAUCAUCAUUUUGACGGGGAAUAUAUUGUCUGCAACAUCUCUCCUUCUCUUUCCACUGUUUCUCGGGUAUCUUCUUUCUAAGCUUAUGUCAACUGAGGCAGAAAAUACUUAUCAGCUCUAUGCCUUAGCUAUGUGUCUCAAUGGUUUGAUCGGUGGUCUUGGUAUGCACCAGCGAAGCUACAGAUGUGAAAUAUUGGGGAUUAAAAUAGGAAGCGCCCUGAGGGAACUGAUGUACCACAAGGUAGGCACGAUCCUAGAGAGCGUUUUAUGCAUUUUUCGAAGGCUCAAAUGAUUUUUCUAAUAUCCUAAACACCCAAAUAAAAUCGCGCAAACUUGAACACAUUUAUCUAUUCCGAUAAAGAAUUAUUUUUUCUAGAAAUCUGAUCGAUUGCAAUCGGCUUAUGCUAUGUGGAGACCUGGGAGGAGACGGUUAUUAAACAUCAUCGCUAGUUGCUGCUUCUGCGAGAGCAAGCAAUCCUGCUAACCAACAAAAGAAUCGAAGAAACAAACAGUUAUUUAGCCUGUGGUUAACGUGGAAGUAGGCUACAGAAACCAUAACGUACACGGCCGCGCUUCUGAAUGAGAUUCAAAAUGGCACCGUGGUUGUCGCUCUUUUUACACAUUAUUUUAAAGAUAAUUCGGUAGAGGUUUGGUUACUCUCGUCUCGAAACAAAGUCAUUGUUAUGCGGAGGAUUAAAAUCAGAUCUUUUAUGGAACAUACUUCUUCUUUAACGUCUAAUCUGUACUCUCUUUCAGACGCUUCUACUCAGCAAGCAAACGUUACUGAAAUUCACUGCAGGGCGCUUAUUUGACCUGAUAUCCAAUGAUGUAAAAAGGAUGGAGGAAGAGACAGUCAAGUUUAUUAUCUUAACCGUUUUCGCAGUCCCUGCUUAUGCUGGGGCAAUAUUCCUUAUCUAUUAUUUCAUUGGUUGGCAGGCUGUCACGGGUGUCUUCCUCCUGUGUAUUCUCAUGCCAUACGCUGCCGUCUUGUCCUAUGCUAAUGGUAAGCUGCGCUUGCGCACAGCUACAGUGUCGGAUCAGCGAAUCUCCCUAAUGAAUCAAGUAGUUUCCGGGAUCCGCGCGGUCAAAAUGCGUGCGUGGGAGGACGAAUAUGGACGAGAGAUAAAACGUGUAAGAAGGUAAGGUAAAUUAUCAUUUUUAAUCAAAAGUAGGCUCAUACAACUAUGUUUAUUCAUUCCUGUAAUUGCUGAUCCAAAUUAUCAGACCACAAGUCUGCUUCGUCUCAGUUAAGAACUUUAUUAGCUAAGCAAUACAAACAAGUCCCCCCCAAAAAAAGCUUUGGACCGCUGUAUAAGCAUAAGUGUCUCAUGUAAUCCAUUCCAUAACCAGAAGACUGGCCGGUCAGUUAAAAAAUAUCAGGAUGUACUGAGUAGAUAGUGUUGAAAAUGCACUCUGAUAAUGAUUGGCUACUCAAACUCCGAAUAUCCAUUGCAAUUUACCUUUAAGCGACUCGCGUGGGAUUUUUUUUUUUUGUAUUUUAUUAAUUUUUAUUAAUUCAAAGUUACAUACAUUUUUCAUAAACAAACAUAAUUCACAUAAACAGACAGACACGGUACAUCAUAUAUCUACAUACACAAUCCACAGUUCCUCUUAGCUCUCCUCGGCUUCUAAACAUAAUACUAGUACAGUGCAGCAACAAACAUGAGAUUCUAUAUCAUCUAAUAAUUUUUGUACUAGUCCCAUUUCAUAUUAUGAGCUUUUAGCUUAUUAUUUGAUUUUGCGAUCAUUGUCUCGAGUUGGUGGAUCGUUUUAAUUUUGAGGUUUAAUACUUUAAUUGAAGGAAGAGAUUUGUUCUGUCGGCAAGAAUAUAAAUACUGUUUGGCAAUUAUUAAAAUAUGAUUGAUUAAUAAUUCGUCUUCGCACCUUAAAAUACCAAACAUUAUAUCUUUUUCAGAGAGGUGUUUUAUCUUUACGCCUUGAUUAUGAACCACUUUAUUACCUCAGCCCAGAAAUCCUUAGUAUAACGACAAGAAAUAAAAAAGUGCUCCCAGGACUCGUUCAUUUCGCCACAAAAGGAACACGCCGGGGAUGGAAUAAUACCGAUUUUGUUUAAAAAAGAAUUUGUGACAAGACACCUGUUAAGUAGUUUAUACUGGAAUUCACGCGAUUUUGUGUCUAAGGAAGUUCGAAAUGGCAAGCUGUAAAUCUCUUUCCAUUCUAAAACAUCAUUAACAAAAUGAGUGCGUGGGAUUGGCACCCGAAAAUAUUGUAAUCGUUUUUACCUCAUUGUCGGUAAAAAGAAAGUGGAUAUCACCUUUACUUCAGAGAAUAAUCGAUCAUUCUUAUGGUUAGAACAUCUCAUCGAGUCUAACUUCUCUUCAGUGGGUAUUAUUUUUCAUACCCUGUCGUGGGGUCGCAAAAGACGCACUUAAACAAACAGGCUAGGUGAACGAUGAGGAAGGCUUGCCGCCUGCUCAUCUCGUUAAUAUUUCAAACUAGAGAGAACACUGACGACGAGUUGGUUCGACAGAAUGCCCACAUAACCUAUGAUCAACUUUUAUUUUCAGAAAUGAAAUCAUCGUCAUUUCGAAGAGGACAGCCAUUCAGUCAAGUAUCGAUGCCUUGUCAUACAGUGCAACACCACUGGCCACUCCGGUGUCGGUAAUUACUAUGGUGCUUAAUGUUUUUAUGCUCCUGUCGUUUAUGGGUGUUUUAAAAUUGAGUGGCACGAUCGUUAUGACAUCUGGUUUAAUGGUAACGUAUGACGCCUACGUUUCGCUCGGAAGAAUCGAAGAAUUCCUACCUUUGGAAAAUCUGUUUCAAGCCUCGGAGAAUGAUGAAAGCAACGAGCCCCAACAAAAAACGAAAAGUACCUCAGGUAACGAAAAUUGCAGUUACUCGAAAAAAAAAGAGGAAAAUACGGACGAAGUUUCCCUCUUUCGUAAAGGAACAGAAUUAGGGCCUGCUAUACUGUGUGUGUCAAAUUUAAGCUACGCCAAAACGCAUCAUGAAGAUGAAUUUAUUCUACAGGAUAUCAACUUCUUUGCACCUUCAAAGAGUUUAACAGCCAUCACCGGCCCGGUUGGAAGUGGGAAGUCUACUCUUCUCUCAGCGAUCGCUGGUGAAGUUUCGAACACUAGUGGGACGAUUGAUUAUCAAGGUUCUGUCAUUUACUUGCCUCAAACUGCUUGGGUGUUCUUGGGAACGAUAAAAGAAAAUAUUCUCUUUGGUUAACCCUUCGAGGAGUCCAGAACAGAAUAAUUGAAGUCUGCGCUCUGAGGGAAGACUUUCAGCGGUUACCUGGUGGUGACCAAACAGUUGCUGGAGAACGUGGCGAGGUUCUGAGUGGAGGACAACAGGCGAGAGUAAGUUUAGCUCGUGCAGUUUAUGCUGACGGAGAUAUUUAUCUAUUGGAUGAUCCACUGAGUGCUGUCGAUUUUAAAGUUGCCCAAAACAUCUUUAACAAUUGCAUCAAAGAUCUACUAGGCGAUAAAAUCGUUCUGUUUGCAUCUCAUCAGCGACAGCACAUGGAAACUGCUGAUCAAGUGAUUGUGUUAUACAAAGGGUGUGUCCUCGACAAGGGAAGCUUUACUGAGCUGCACGAAAAAGGUGUAAUUAAUUCAAAUGUUGACCCGUUCUAUAAAGCAGCUUUGAAGGACAAAACAGACUCAUCUUGGCCGUUCUCCUGGGAAGAUAAGGAGGAACACGAUGUUGUUGAAAAAUGCCAGAAAAAACAUCCUCUGCCCAAUGAAGCGAAGAUUUUGGAGAUAGCAAAGGAGGAUCGUACAAUCGGAGUUGUGACAUCCAAGCUCUAUUGGGACUACUUCAGAAGUGGAGCACAUCCUUUGAUGAUAACUGGAAUGGUCGGUUUAAGUCUCCUUACUCAGGGUAAACUUAUUGUUAGAGUGAGUUACAAACGUUGAGUCAGGCCCUAACAGGGAAUACAGCUAUAUUUCUAUAUUUCUUUUAUUCUAUUUCUUGCAAAUCACUUCACAAUGGCUAUGUUUUUAACUAACAAUACACUUUGUUUUUAGAUUAGAUGGUAGAGGAAAGAGACACUACACAAAUUUCUGACCAUACUCCCGAUAUCUUACUUAGUCGUACAAGCGCGAGGCAAGUGCAAAUGAAUGGCGAGUCAUGCGCGAAAGGAAGAUCUGUUAUUUUUCUCCCCCGCGUUUCCCUUGCACUUGCCUCCACUUGCCUGAAAAAGGUAAAAAAAGAAAAUCACUCGUUCUACAACCUAACUUUCUGCAACCAAAGUCAGUUGUCUUACAAUAUUUAUGGGUAACAUGGUUGACUUCUUCAUCUAUUCUGUGACGCGUUGGUACUUACAUUAACAUCCCUUGGAUACCAACGGUAGUAGCUAACCCAGGCGAGUUGUGUCUAGGCCCCGUAAAUCUUGCAAUGUUCAACUGAAUUAUUAUAUAGCACUACAUAUUAACGAUGUUUCUUUCAGCCAUCAUAGCUGCUCCAGACUUGUGGCUCUCGUUUCUUGCAAGGCUAAGCCCAGAAGAUCAGAAGAACAAGACUUAUCUAUCUGUCUUCGCCUGUCUGGUUGGCGCGUGUUUUAUAUUUACUAUCGUUCGGGCUUAUGGAUUCUUCCAUGUUUGUCUAAAGUGCGCCGAGCGACUUCACGAUGAAAUGGUUGUAGCCAUUUUACAAGCACCUGUCCUGUUCUUUUAUUCAAAUCCAGUGGGACGAAUCCUAAAUCGCUUCUCCAAUGAUCUUGGCUACGUAGAUGAGUUGUUACCCAAAACAAUCCUGGUAGCAAUGCAGAUGCUCUUAGCGAUAUUUGCCCAAAUUCUGUUGACAGUUUCCACAAAUGUUUGGCUGGUGUUUCUUGUUGUUCCAAUUUCCGUGCUGGUCGUUUUUCUAUCCAAUUAUUACUUGAAGAUUGUCAGAGAACUAAAGAGGUUAGAGUCGAUAUCCCGAAGCCCAGUGUUCGCUCAUUUUUCGGAGACCCUGAUAGGACUUGACACGGUUCGUACGAGAGGAAAACAGACAGGUUUUGUGGAUGCACUUUACAGGUAUGUUGGAGACAUUGAUUCAGUGUGUGGUGCCUUCUGAUUAAAUAUCCGAAAGAUCACUUCCGUGACAACAUCUUAGUCUUAGGUAUGCUCCAUUCGUCCAGAUGAAGUGAGAGUCGCUCGAGCCGAGUUUGUUAACGAUAUGGGUACUUUUCCACUAAAAAUGAUAAGUUCCCUCCCCCCUCAAAAAAAAAAAAUUCUUAAUUGUUCACUAUCACAACUAAAUCUUGUAAACUAAGUAUAACAUUUAUCAGAAGGAGAACACGAGUGGCACUUGUCUCUAUUUCCUGUUAAACUCAUAUUGGUAAUAGCACUGAGUGGAGUCCAAUUCGGUCCGUAAUCAUACGAGUUAUUAACAAUAGCGGGCGACUGCGAGGCGGGAGUCUGGUUUUUUCAAUCACGAGUAUGAUUAAAAACAGAAUUGGACGACAUGAAGUUCUCUUACAAAUUAGGAGACCAGUGUCCUCUUCGGCCUGACAAUGUAACAGAGCCCUUCAGCAAAUCCCGCCCGACACCCCACUCCCUUAAAAAGAUAUUACUCUCCAAGAAACAUCCGUAACCUUCUAGCUAACUGUCCGAAAGAUCACUUCCGUAGCCAUAUCUAAAUCUUAGGUAUGCUCCAUUCGUCGAAAUGAAGUGAGAGCCGCUAGUGCCGAGUUUGUUAACGAUAUGGAUACUUUUCCAUUAAAAAUGGUGAAUUCUUAAAAAAAAGACCAAAUCUUAAUUGUUCACUAUCACAACUACAUCUCUUAUACUAAGUACAACAUUUAUCAGAAGGAGAAGACGAGUGGCACUUGUCUGUAUUUCCUGCUAAACUCAUAAUGGAGUCCAAUUCGGUCAGUAAUCAUAAGAGUAAUUAACAAAAGCGGACGACUGUGAAGCGGGAUGUCUGAUUUGUUAAACUACGAUUACUAUUAAUGACAGAAUUGGACGACAUGACGGUCUAGAUCUCUUACCAAUUGAUCAAAACUGUGACAAAAUUAGAGAAAGAAACUAGACCACAGUUAUACAUUUUCAAAAAAAAAACUCGGCGAACUUCGCAGCAACAGCCCGCGCAUACACUUACACGCAGGCAUGACUUCUCGACUGUCCUAUUACACUGUCCAACUACAAGCAUGACACUUACACUGUCCUAUUAGUGCUUAUAUCGGGCUGGUGAUAACCAAUCACAUUCCAUAAAUUUGUUACAGUUUUGACUAAUCGUGAAAUUUAAGUACAACAUUUAUCAGAAGGAGAAGACGAGUGGCACUUGUCUGUAUUUCCUGCUAAACUCAUAAUGGAGUCCAAUUCGGUCAGUAAUCAUAAGAGUAAUUAACAAAAGCGGACGACUGUGAAGCGGGAUGUCUGAUUUGUUAAAACCACGACUAUUAUUAAGGACAGAAUUGGACGACAUGAUGAUCUAGAUCUCUUCCCAAUUAAUCAAAACUGUGACAAAAUUAGAGAAAAACUAGACUACAGUUAUACAUUUUCACAAAAAAACUCGGCGAACUUCGCAGCAACAGCGCGCACAUACACCUACACGCAGGCAUGACUUCUCAACUGUCCUAUUACACUGUCCAAUUACAAGCAUGACACUUACACUGUCCUAUCAGUGCUUAUAUCGGGCUGGUGAUAACCAAUCACAUUCCAUAAAUUUGUUACUAAUCAUGAAAUUUCUGCGUCAAGCGAUCUUGUUGAUUGACCGUUCAUAUUAUGGGUCUGUUGAAAUCCUAUCAGAAGGAAGAAAACCGCACAGAGCAAUUACUGUAGUCUUUCCGCUUGUCGUGUAUUGCCGGUAAAUAAAAAAUAAAUAGCUCAGAGAAAAUAUACAAUCAUAAGUCAUCUGUGCCCCGUACAUUUAUCGGCUCUGGCAGAAUUUCUUGAAAGGCUCCGUUACAUUUUCAGGCCAAAGGAGACACUGGUCUCACUUCAAUGUGCAGACCCAAUCUCCUUAUAGUGUUUUUUGGAGUGAUUGUCGGAAAAAAAGAAAGUCUGAUAACAACAAGCCAAUCGGAACAAAAGAAAAGAUCACAAGUAGUGACAUAGGACUUAACAUAAAAACAAGGAAACGGCAUUGAGGGCUGGAAAACGCGCACGACCAAUAGGCGGUUGUUUCAACUAGAAAAUCACUCCAUUAUUACAACAUAUUGUGAUAAAAACUUAUCCCCUCAGAUAUGAAGAUGUUCAUAAUCAGGCGUUCAUUACGGUGAUGGCCAGCGGUAGGUGGCUCGGUACACGUUUGGAUUGUUUCGCUUCCUCGUUAGUCGGUGCAGUUGCUCUGGCUGCAAUCUUCGGUAUCUCAAGAUGCCGGUAAGCUCAAGAUUCUAAGUAACGUUUUUGGUUUUUCUAUGUAAAGUAAGAAUUUAUAUAGUCGUGUAUUAACACAGCAUGAACUAAUGAAUAACAAAAUAAGUGUGAAAAUACGAGCACUCUUAUUAUCAACGGGUGGUUUCUAAACACGACAGAAACGUGAGUCUCUCGGGUAGCUUUCAUGAUUCAAAACUGGAAACUUGGGUUGAUAACUCCUCCGUACCUACUAAGCUCGGAGUUAAAACAACAACACUAAGAGAGACGUAAAAAAAUACGCUUUAUUUACUCCCUCCCAUUAAGUGACUCCCUGGACCAGGCUGAGUAACCUAGCCUUGUUAAGUUUACGUAUAUCCUUUGAGCUAUCAAGAGAAAACUGGUCCGGAAUUUAUAAAUUCAAGGUCCAAUUUUUUUUCAGCUUACGCUGGUCUUGCUCUUGUUUACGUCAUCCAAACUCUGACCAUGACUCAAUACGCUGUUAGAAAAACCUCUGAAGUAGAGCCUAAAUACGAGGAAGAACGAACACCCCCACAAGACUGGCCUUGGAGAAAAAGUAUUGUGAUGAGAGAUGUAUCACUGACCUACUAUCCGGGGGAACCUCAAGUGCUAAAAAACAUCAGUCUUAGCGUCAAAGGAGGAGCAAAGAUCGGAGUUGUCGGCCGUACGGGAGCUGGGAAGUUAAUUUGCUUGGCUCGUGUGCUGCUACAGCGAAGUAAAAUCGUCGUCUUGGACGAGCCAACUGCGGAUGUAGACCCAGACACAGAGCAGACGAUUUGGAAUGUAGUGCGGGACAAACUGAAGGAGUCUACUGUCAUCACUAUAGCUCACCGUUUCAACACGAUAAAAGACUGCGAGAAGAUUUUGGUCUUGAAAGAUGGAAAAGUUAAAGGAUUCGACAAAUUUGAUUGA